GCGCAGACGACCGUGAAGGAAAAUUUGCAGAUUGCAGACCAAAAUUAUUACUACGAGAGUUUGAAUGCUCGUUUCUCGACCCCCGCAGGUGAAGUAACCCUUCGAAUCAAGAAAUUCUUCAGGGAUUGAGGUAUGAUGGCGGAGGCACAGAGAUCACAGACAUCACUCGACUUCUGCGACAAUCCACAUGCAGGCUCACUCUUGCAGGGCUUACAGGAACUGCGAUCUGAGAACCUCCUGACAGAUGUUGUCCUAUGUGUCUCUGGAAAAGAGAUUCCAUGCCAUCGAAAUGUUCUGGCUGCCUGUUGUGAAUACUUCCGUGCAAUGUUUUGUAACGGACACCGUGAGAGCAAAGAGCACAAAGUAACUAUACAUGAAGUCACCCCAGGUGCCUUGCAGCUUCUUGUUGACUACGCGUACACGUCAAAAGUGACCAUCACACAGGACAAUGCUGUGAAACUGCUAGAAGGGGCCAACUUCUUCCGGAUCCUACCUGUACGUGAUGCUUGUGUGACUUUCAUAUCCAACAACCUGAGUGCCAAAGACUGUCUGCAGAUGAUGCACCUAGGCAACAUGCUGUCCUGCCCAGACUUGGAAAAGAAAGCAUGGCUGUAUACCACGAAGGAGUUUAAAGCAACCAGUGAAACACCUGAGUUUCUUUCUUUGACUAAAGCUCAGCUCAUCAAACUUAUCUCAUCUGAUGACCUCAAAGCUUCAGAAGAAACAGUGUACACAGCAGUGAUGACAUGGAUCAACCACAACACCAAGAAGAGGAAAAGGUACAUGAAAGAGCUGAUGGAACUGGUCAGGUUUCCAUUCAUGGACAAGCAGUAUUUCUUUGAGAAUGUAGAGAGCAACGAGGCCAUAAGGAAGUCUUGUCAGGAUAUCAUGACAGAAGCUCGCAGAUGCCAGCUCUUUCCAGGAGAGAUCCAGUCACCUCGCACCCAUCCCCGCCAUGCCAGUGGCCUGAGGGAGGCAGUAGUGGUCUUUGGAGGGAUAUAUGGCGGGAGGGAUGAAGAUAGUCAUUACAUCAACCAUAUCGCAAUGACCUACUCUGCUGAGCCAACAAUCUAUAGUUGGAAUUCUAUGACCAAACCAACUCUGAACUUUACCAGUCCAUGUGCUGUGGCUGUCCUGGGCUCAAGUGACAUUGUCAUGUCUGCUGGGAAGGAUAUGUGGCUGUACCACUCAGAACUGAACUCUUGGUCCAAGCUUGCUCAGAUGAACUUGGACCUGAACAAUCAUAGGCUGGCAGUGUUGUAUGGUAAAGUGUACGCGAUUGGUGGUGUAGACAAAUCUACACCUGUAUCAUCAGUUCAGGUCUAUGACCGGAGACAGAAUAAGUGGACUGCAGGUGUUCCUCUCCCACAGACAAGGUACUCUCAUGCAGUUGCUGUGUUGGACAGCAGCAUAUAUGUGAUGGGUGGGUUUGAUAAGCAUGAUAAUAAGAAAACAACAUCUACCGUGUACCGCUUCAGCCCAGGUGACUCAAAAUGGCAACUGAUGAAGGACAUGCCGAAAACUACUGCAUACAUCACAACCGCAGUCCUCAGUGUUAGUAUCUAUACUGGGAUAUGUUCUCGUAUUUUCUCUUUCACUCCAGACCAAGACGGUGGUGUCUGGAGUAAGGUAGUAUCAGGUGUUCCAUGGGGAUGUGGAAUGACUGUGUUGAAGGGGAAGGUUUAUACCUAUGGAGGCUAUGAGAAAACAACUGAUAAUGGAUGUGCUGCUGUCAUGUGCCUUGAUCCAGAAACCCAGUCACUCAGGCGUGUGGGAAACAUGGUCAUGGGUCUAUACUUCGCCCCUUGCAUCACAAUUCUAAACUAUUGCUGAUUUACAAUGGACUCUACUGCAUUAUAUUGUACAAACAAAUCACAUUGUAGUACUUCAUGUUCAUGCACAUUAAUGUUACUAUGUGCCACAAUGCUUGCAUGUUACACAUAACAUUCCUUUAUCAUAGUUGCUUUCUUACAAGCAUUUUGAAUCUGUUCAGAUUUAUGUCAUGAAUUCAAAAAGUAAAGAUUCAAAUGCUGAUUUACAAUGGACUGUACUGCAUUAUAUUGUGCAAACAAAUUGCAUUGUAGUACUUCAUGUUCAUGCACAGUACUGUUACUAUGUGCCAUAAUGCUUGCAUGUUACACAUAACAUUCCUUUAUCAUAGUUGCUUUCUUACAAGCAUUUUGAAUCUGUUGUGCAGAUUGAUGUCAUAAAUUCAAAGAGUAAAGAUUCAAAUAUGCUGCAAA